AUGCCGCGGAAGCCCAUAACUCUAAAAGCACAAAAUGACAAAUUAUUUGAAGAAAUUCGCGCAGCCAAUUUGAGUAUAGCUAAACUUACUCAACAAGUAACUGAACUUCUCAUCGCGGUCAACAAUGAUGAAGACAAACAAACACACAUGGAGGCAGAGGAAAUAGUAAAUCAAAGUGAGAAUACUAUUUCAAACAAACCAAAUGAUGUCAACCAAGAUGGAGAAUGGGAACUAGCAUCCUCUUCAAGGAGUAAAAAACGCAAAGCAAAGAAAGACGCAGGAAACACAUCCGCGAGUAACAAUAAAAUUGCCAAAUCGAAUGCAACUAGUGGAGCAGAACCACUAGAAAAUUCUAGUGCCACUCAGGACGCAAAUCAGAAUAAUUCAAAUAAUAAUGACAAAAUUAUUUCCCCUCCCUCCAUUGUGCUCAGAAACACAGAAAUAUGGGGACAAGUAAGUAGAUAUGCACUAAAUAAAAAGAUUGGCAUAGCACAUGCAAAAAACAUAACUGACGGCGUUUCAAUUAAUCCCGAUACCCCCGACGACUAUAGAAAACUCAUAAAAUUAUUUGAUGAAAAUAAAGUCGAAUAUCACACUUAUAUGUUACCGGAUGAUAAAUUACUACAUGUAGUAAUUAAGGGUAUACCGGAAGUAACGGAUACAGAUGAAAUUAACCCUGACCUGGAAAAUAAGGGUUUCCACCCCGAACUAGUCAGCCAAAUGACUUCCAGAAGGACUAAAAAAGCACUACCCAUGUUCCUUGUACAACUCCCAAAAAAUGAGAGUAAUAUAUACGAACUAAAUGAAUGUUACUACCUGAAAAUCAGUGUAGAAAAACAAAACAAACAAAGCGGACCCACCCAAUGCUAUAGGUCGCUGCAAAUGAGACUUAAACAGAAAUUAGCAGCAGACCCGAUCAGGAAGAGAGUUCUAUCAGCAAAGCCUCUAACCUUAGAAGAUGCAGUCAGGGUAGCGAAAAAGGAAGAAACAAUAAGAAAUCUAAACAAGAUACGAGAGAUAGAAUGCAGAGCAGUGGAACCACUAAAUCCCCUAGACCCAGAGGCCAGGAACGACCCAACCCGGUGUUACAAUUUACUGUAUAUACUACUGUUUCAUGGGGAGUUACGGAGAGCUCUACUGGGGGCAGGCAGGCAUGCUUGCUUCUGCAACUGGUGCAACUCCCAACAGCGACCACCACCACCAUCCCCGAGAGGACUACCAUGUAGGUGUUAUUGGUGCCUGACUAACGUGCCACCGACACCCCCUCCGACCUACGAGAGUGUGGAAACCCUGAACUCCUCUUUAUCGAAUAUUCCGCACGACUCAGGGCACGGUAGCAGAAUCGACCCUGCUGACCCAACUGUGGACUCUCGAGAACCGACGCCUGGAAUCAAUAGAGGCGUCUUCCGACAUGCACUGGGAAAUCAGAAGUCGCCAACUCAACCACCCACAACGACACCGAGAGCCGAACCUUCCUCUACACCACCGUUUCCAAGGCGUGGUGGCACCGACGAUGAAACCGCCUCUAAUGAUGGGUCUGGGAUCCGUAGGGUGAUGAGACUGCCUAGUGGUGGAAGAAUAGCCGUCAGAAGAGAAAAUGGAAGCACGUACGGGCCUAGGGACGAAAGGACUGACCCUGAAAAGGUUAUCUAA